AUGCCAUGUGCCAAGAACAGCAUUGCGCACUGCAUUGCUGGCAUCCGCUCCGUGAUCUUCAUGACCGCGCUGAGGCAGGUCGUGAACCUCUCGCUCGCCCCGCCGCUCAUCUACGUUCGUCCAGCGCCCCCAGCUACGACACGGGCCACUGGAUCCGAGCUGGGCCACACUCUUGGAGGCAGGUUUCGCAGCGUCCCCUUCAACACAUCGCCAUGGCAGCAUCAGGCAGCCGCUUAUCGCGCCCUUCCGACGGAACUGGCAGACCGCAUUCUCACCCCCGUGAUCUUCGACGGCAAGAUGCUAGUCACUCCAAGAGCAGGAGCGGCGGCGACCGCAGUGGCUCCAACAGAAGGCAGGGACAAAGGCGGCAUCGAGACCGAAGGGGUCAAGAUAGGCGGCCCGACCGUGGCGAUCGAGAGCGUGAUCGUGACCGACGAGAUGAUAGGCGAGUACCUUUUCGAGCAGCCCCUCGCUCAUCUGGACCUUCGGCAUCACGCACGGACGCGCCUGCUGAACGAGACCCAUAGCAGGCAGCUGCGACAGCAUCAACACCGCAGCGGCACGCUGGAGCUAGUGGGGGACCUGCCAGACCACCUGGUCCUGAACACUUUCUUCUCUCUCCUCGAGCUGAACUCCAAGUUGCGCAUGAGUUGGAUGUUUAUCCUGCGUUUCCUAACGAUGGCGCCGCAGCUGCUGGCAGCGCUACCCACGUUGGCGCAGAUUGCGCGGGCGACGGCUCAGCUCACGGCCGCGGCAAACUCUCUCAUCGCGCAGCAGCAGCAGGCCUUCAACGCACAGGUGCACGAGUUCUUGGCCGUCAGCAAACAGAAUGCGGCGCACCCCGAGCUGCGCGACAAGAGCACUCACGAACUACAUUCCAGAUCAGACAUGGUCGAGGCAGACCAGACAGCAGACCUACGAGAGAAUCCCCGAGAGAUCUCCCUGAUCGUCUCGACAGGGAUGGCAGGACCUCUUGGAGCCUAG